AUGGCCAUUGGAUGGAAACAUGGGGAGAAUACCCCAGAAGCACUGAGCAUCACUGGAGCCGAUGACUCAGUGACCUACAUUAUACAUGCCAGAAAUCACAACCUGUUGGAAAGUCAAGGUUGUGAACCUCUUGGAAAUAUAGUGAAGGACAAGAGGAAAUUCCUUUGUCCAACCAAUCAAGUCAAGCUGAGAUUGCUACAUACUACUACACCAAAGUAUAUGUACUACUACAAGAUCCAGAAGGAGCACAAUGGUGUCCUUCAACUUGACAAACCCCAUGGCAACACCAACUGGAAACAUGCCACCAAAGUCAAGAUAGAUCUGCUUGCAAGGUACAAGGUCCUUGUGGAUAUGGGGAGAGGAAUCCCAACACCAAAAGAUCACCAAAAGUUCCAAGUCCGACAUUUCAAUGCCCUUAAACAUUGUGACAAACACAAGCCCAGACUCCUACCUUAUGGUGACUUUACCUACAUACCGCCAAACAAAACAAAACCCUACUGUCUAUUGACAGACCAAUCGGUUCCGGGUAUAAUCUGUCAUAUGAUGAAUGGAACCUCAAUCAAUUUCUUAUCUAAGGAGCAGUCAACUGAUGAGACUGCAACUUAUGGUUCUGAGUUUGUAGCCACUCAAACCUGUGUCAAACAGAUCAUGGAUCUCCAACAAACCUUGAGGUACCUUGGUGUGUCGAUCAGAGGUCAAAGCUACAGGUCUGGUGACAAUGAAUCUAUCAUGAACAGUUCGUCCGUCCCAACCUGA